CCAAUUUUAAAAGGGAUUAUUGCACCCCUUUCUGCCUGCCUCCCUCCCUCCCUCUCCCUUCCCAGGUUUUAUUCCUUGGUGGGGGGGCAGGGAAAGGGAAAGAAGGGGGGAAAGGAAGGAAGGAAGGAAGGAGCAGGAGCCCAGGCUGUGGCCAUGACCACCUACACACGGGAAGAGUUCUACCAGCAGCUGCUGAGCGGCUGUGUCCUGCCCACUGCCCAGCAGGGCUUUGAACAGGUGUGGACGCUUCUACUUUUGUGUCUAGUGUGCCGUCUCCUUUGGAGAUUGGCACUGCCAUCCUAUGCCAAGCAUUUGAGCACAGUGGCCAGUGGCUUCUAUGCCCUCUACCACUUCUUCCAGCUGCAGAUGGUGUGGGUCGUACUCCUCAGCCUCCUGUGCUACCUCGUCCUUUUCCUAUGCCGCCACUCCACCCAGCGUGGUGUCCUGCUUUCCAUCACCAUCCUCAUCUAUUUGCUCAUGGGGGAGAUGCACAUGGUGGACACUGUGAGUUGGCAUAAGAUGAGAGGUGCCCAAAUGAUAGUGGCCAUGAAGGCUGUGUCGCUGGGAUUUGAUCUUGAUCGGGGUGAUGUGUCAGCCAUCCCCUCCCCAGUUGAGUUCAUGGGAUAUAUCUACUUCGUUGGAACAGUAAUUUUUGGACCCUGGUUCCGCUUCCGCACAUACUUACAGGCUGUGGAGAGCAGGAAAAUGAGCUUCCCCUGGUUUCAGAAGGUCUGUGUCAGCUUCUUCCUCUGCCUUGUGUGCCUCAUCGCAUCCACUUGUGUGGCCCCUUAUCUCUUUUCUUACUUCAUACCUCUCUACAGCUACAAGCUGCUCAGGAAGAAGCGCAGAACCAGGAGCACCAUGGUGAGGUGGCUCCGGGCUUACGAGAGUGCCAGCUCCUUCCACUUCAGCAACUACUUUGUGGGCUUCCUGUCCGAAACCACAGCUACGCUAGCAGGUGCUGGCUUCACUGAGGAGAAGGAAAACUUGAAAUGGGAUCUGACAGUGUCUCGGCCACUGAAUGUAGAGCUGCCACGUUCUAUGGUUGAGGUGGUGACCAGCUGGAAUCUUCCCAUGUCCCGUUGGCUGAACUCCUAUGUUUUUAAGAACUCCCUGAAACUGGGCACCUUCUCGGCAAUCAUUGUAACCUACGCAGCCAGCGCCCUCUUGCAUGGGCUGAGCUUCCACCUGGCUGCUGUUCUGCUGUCUCUGGGAUUCAUCACUUACAUUGAACAUGUCCUCCGGAAGAGGCUUUCUGUCAUCUUUGAUGCCUGUAUACUCUCCAAGAAAUGUCAGCCAGGGUGUUCGCAUCGCAACAACACGAAUCUGUGGGUGUACCUCCUCAACUUCUUCUUUGGUGCUCUCGCCGUCUUCCACUUGGCCUAUCUAGGCUCACUAUUUGACAUGGAUGCAGAUGACUCUGUGGAAGAGCAGGGCUAUGGCAUGUCCUACACCAUCCGUAAGUGGUCUGAACUGAGCUGGACCAGCCACUGGGUGACUUUUGGGUGCUGGGUCUUCUAUCGUCUCAUCAGCUGAACCUCUAUGUGGACUUGAGGAGAGAUGGAGCAGGAGGAGAGGGCAGGAACUGAGGUCCCUGUCACCUUCAAAAACUUUGAAUGCCAUUUCUGGGCUUGAGUGGUCUGGACGCUGUGCUGAGCCCUUUUUCCUCUGGGACAAUUUCAAGGGAAAAGGCCUCUUUGAGGGAAUGUUCUUCCUCAUUGCCCUCAAAAGAAAGUGAGUUAGGGCCCACAUGAAAAAAUGAAUGUUGCAAAACAUAGCCCAGACAGAGGAUACCUUUUGUUUAGGUACAUAAAACAGAGAAAAUCCUUUUUAUUUUAUUUUAUGAAGGAACAUUAUCUGUUAACCACUGGUACCUUUCUGGCCCCAUCCAUUUCCAUCUUAGCUUCAUUCUAGUGGUCGUUUGAGGAAACUUCAACUCUCCUCCUUCCCCUUGUAUGACUUAAUUUAAGGAUUUUUACUAGAACAAUUGCCCUGCUGUUUUUUUGCAUGCUGUCUUAUUAUUUCCUCUUGCUCUCUUGUGGCUAACUUUGGGAACUACACUCUCCACUGUCAUGGUAUCCUUUAUUAUCCUUGGAGUUGUGGCUUCUUUUUGCAGUAAAGUCUGAUAGUUGGCCAACUGGAAUGGUGAUCUUUUAAAUGGUAUCUGGGUUUAAAGUAUCCUUUUCUCUUAACUUCAGGACAAUUUUAAUUUAGAUUUAACAGUUCUGUAUAGCCAAUUUGCAUUUCCAAAAACCUGUUAUCAAAGGGUAUUUGAGGGUUAUUUUUUCUCCAUAUCAACAACAGAAAUGUUGUCUGGAGGAUUGGGAAAAGAGCCUGCAAAAGUGACUGUUUUGGACUACAGCUCCCAGAAUCCCCCAGUCAUCAUAGCUGCUGACCAUCCUGGCUGGAAGAUUCUUUAAGUUGUACCCUAUAAUGGUAAAUUUCCAAGGUGUGAGUGGGAGAGCACGGGGUGAGCAAGUGCUACCGAUGCAGAAGAAUGAAAAGAAACUGUACAGGGUACUGAAGCACCAGCUGUCUGAGACCAAUGGGGUUCCUGUUUAUCUGCUUCCUCCAUAAGCUUGUGGACUAGAAACUUGCUCCAUUUCCCCCUCUUCAAAUGAAAAUUCAAGGUUAUAGAAUUUUACAGUAUGCCAGAUUGUGCAUUGUUAAUCAAAAUACAUUCAGCCCCAGCA